UCAUAAAACUGAAAAUCUGAUAUUGAAUUGUUUAGUUGUUUUGAAGCAGGCUAAAAGUAAAUAUGUUCAGACUUCUAGCGAUUUGUUGUUGUAUAUUGAGUGCAUCAUCUGACGAUGCUAUCAACAAUCACAAUUUUCCUGAAAAUUUUUCGUUAGGCGUCGCCACAGCCGCUUUCCAAAUUGAAGGAGCUUGGAAUGCAGACGGAAAAGGUGAAAACUUGUGGGAUUGGUUCAUGCACAAGUAUCCAGAAAAAAUCGAAGGUCAAGCCAAUGGCGAUGUUGCUUGUGAUUCAUAUUAUCAAUGGCAAGAAGAUGUUAAACUCUUAAGAGAUUUGGGUGUCAAUCAUUAUCGAUUAUCUAUUUCAUGGACUAGAAUUUUGCCUGAUGGUCUUGCCAAUAAUUUCACUCUUAAUCAGAAAGGUGUAAAUUAUUAUAGAACUAUAUUCAAGAUUCUUCUCGAUGCAGGUAUUACUCCCUAUGUUACUCUGUACCAUUGGGAUUUACCUUUACCUCUUCACCAGUUGGGUGGGUGGGUAAAUCCGAUUAUUGCCGAUCAUUUUGCUGCCUAUGCUAGAGUAUGUUUUCAACAAUUUGGAGAUCUUGUCAAAAAUUGGAUUACCAUUAAUGAACCACAGACUUACUGCUCGUUAGGAUAUUUAACUGGUGAACAUGCUCCUGGAUACAUUCUACCUGCAGAAGCUAUAUACAAGUGUGCCUACACCACUGUGAUGGCUCAUGCCAAGGCUUAUCAUAUCUAUCAAGAUGAAUUUAAGCGUACUCAAAAUGGUCGAGUUUCAAUAGUUCUCGACAGUCCUUGGUUCCAGCCACCAUCGGAUUCAGACGAAGACCAACUGGCAAGUCAAAGAGCAUUUGAUUUUACUUUGGGUUUGUACGCUAAUCCUAUCUACGUUGGCAACUGGCCGGAACAAGUGAUCAGUAUUGUAGAUUACAGAAGUGAAAUGGAAGGCUAUCCGUCCUCAAGGUUACCGAAAUUUACUGAUGAAGAAAUCGCUUAUAUAAAGGGCACCUAUGAUUUCUUUUGUCUUAACUCCUAUUCUACUAAUUUCGCGUAUCACCAAAACAAUAAAGAUGAACGCAUCGAUCCAGAUAAUGUAAGUUUUCUCUCAGAUCAAGGUGUUGGUUUUUACGUGGAUCCUAAAUGGCCCUCUGAAGUGGAUUGGGUCAACUUAGUACCAUCUGGAUUUAGAAAGCUGAUCAAAUACGUUCAUGACACAUAUAACCAACCGGAAAUUUUCAUUACCGAAAAUGGAUGGGCUCAAAAUAGUACCACUAGUGGCACAGAGGAUCCAGCUAGGAUUACUUAUAUCAAGCAAUACCUCAGUGCAGCUUUGGAUGCAAUUUACAUUGACGGUGCUAAUGUUACUGGAUACACUGUUUGGAGUCUAAUGGAUAAUUUGGAAUGGGAUCAUGGAUAUCAGAUUAAAAUGGGAUUGGUUCAAGUAGAUUUUGAAUCUGUUGAUAGAACCAGGACCCCAAAAGCGUCAUACACCUGGUACCAGAACAUUAUCAAAAAUCGAUGUUUGGCUGAUAACGUUAAUGAUUGUACUUCCUAAAUGAAAUCGAAUAAUUCAGCGAUAAAUUGAUUAUCAGCGAGAGUUGUUAUCUUGAAAAUAAUGAAUAAUUUAUUUAUAUAGAAUCUGUACAUGACAAUUAAAUUUUUCAAGAGGCAAGGAGUUGGAGAAAUUUGUUUGUAGAUAUAGGCAUUAUUUAUUUUAAUAAAUUGAAAAUUCCAGUUGAA